UUUAUGUAUCAAUUGACUUGUGAUUUUAAAGUAAUUUUUUUUUCACGACUGCCAUGUUUCCAAUGUUUCGUUACCUUGCGAACUCAUACCACAACAGUUACAACAAAAUGAAAAUCGCGUGUUCCGUAUUGAUGCAUAAGCGAUAGUCAGUGGCGAUAGUAGUAGUGUUUUCGUAUUCCGCCAGAAGGGCGUUUUGUUCCAUUUUUUAUUAGAAUUGGAGGAAAAUACUAUUGUCAGUAGCUCAUCACUGUUUGACCUGUCUGUAUUGGCAAAAUGCCACAUACUAUGGAUAUCGAUGGACAUUCGCCCAGGCCAGAAAAUAUUGGCAUUGCAGCCGUUGAAAUAUAUUUUCCAUCGAGUUACGUCGACCAAGUAAAACUUGAGGAAUAUGACGAAGUUUCAGCUGGGAAGUAUACAAAGGGUCUUGGACAAUUACAAAUGGGAUUUUGCUCGGAUAAUGAAGAUAUCAAUUCUUUGUGUUUGACUGUUCUUGCAAAUUUAAUGGAAAAACAUGGAAUAUCUUACAGUGAAAUUGGUCGUUUGGAAGUCGGAACAGAAACCAUAAUUGACAAAUCGAAGAGUGUUAAAAGUGCUUUGAUGCAGCUGUUUGAGGAAUCAGGAAAUUUUGAUGUUGAAGGAAUCGACACCACAAAUGCUUGUUAUGGAGGAACAAGCGCACUCUUUAAUGCCAUCCAGUGGAUGGAAAGUUCUUCAUGGGAUGGGCGUUACGCAGUCGUAAUAUGUGGUGAUAUAGCAGUGUAUAGUGAAGGAAAUGCCCGAUGCACAGGAGGUGCAGGUGCCAUUGCAAUGUUAAUUGGACCGAAUGCUCCAUUGGUUUUUGAACCAGGUCUACGAGCAACAUACAUGAGGCAUGCUUAUGACUUUUAUAAACCAGAUCUGACAUCGGAAUAUCCAGUUGUUGACGGAAAACUUUCUGUUAAAAGUUAUAUUUCAGCACUUGAUAAUUGUUAUAAAAAUUAUUGCCGAAAAGCUUCAACCAAGUUAAAAACAGAUGUUCCGUUCAGUUUACGGGAUCUUGAUUUUAUGGUUUUCCACAGUCCGUAUUGUAAACUUGUCAAAAAAUCUCUCGCUCGUCUCGCUCUCAAUGAUUUUCUUCAAGACAAAAUAAAAUAUUAUUCCGAAACAGAACAGAAGUGUUUUGCUGGGUUAGAAAACCUCAGGGAAACAGACCUUGCUUCUUCAAUAUUUGAUAAAUCAGUUGAAACUACGUUCAUGACAGCAAGUAAUAAUUUAUUCGAAUCGAAAACUCAUCGUUCGCUGUUGAUAGCAAGUCGUGUUGGGAACAUGUAUACUCCAUCGUUAUACAGCUGCCUCGUGUCUGUUUUAAUAAGUCAUUCAUUCGAAGAAUUAUCAAAUAAAAGAAUUGGAUUAUUCUCAUAUGGAUCUGGUCUUGCUUCAUCUAUGUUUUCUAUGAAAGUAUGCAAUGUGGACGAUGACCAAAGCAAACAAGCAUUAGAAAAACUUAUAUAUGGCAUCAGCGAUGUGAAACACAGGCUGGAUAGAAGACAAGAGAUAUCACCCGAGGAUUUCACGAAAACAUUGAAGUUGAGAGCAAGCACUCAUUUGAAAUGUGACUAUACCCCAUCAACUCCUCCUGAGCAUACGUUUCCUGGAACGUUUUAUUUAACAAAAGUUGAUGACAAAUUUCGAAGAACUUACGACAGAACGAAAACUUAUCAGAAUGGUUUUACAAAUGGACAUUAGUUGAAGUCGCUCCGAGUUCUAAAUGAUUUUUUUUAAUUUAUUUGAUGCAUCAAUCCAUGCUGUAGUGUUAAAGUGUUAGGAUGUGGCAAUGUGACCUCACCACAUAGCAGUGUUGGGUGGUAAUCCCUAAUUCUGAGUUACAAUUAAAGUCUAGUCCGGCCUGUGGAAUGUCGAUUGUGACAUUGAAAAAAAUUGAGUCACAUUAAUAAAAAAUUGCACUGGGAUUGAAAGUGCACCGACAACAUUCAUAUUGACAUCAACACAGCCAAUUUUGAGUUAUUACUGUAAUAAUAUGUUUUCAAUACAAUAUUAAUCAACGUGGUGAAUAGCAUUUCCCCCAAAAGUCUCGAAAAUUAUCUACAGUUCUCGAGCAAAGUCUGUGUGUUUGAGGAAUCAUUUUUUUUUUUAUUCUAGUCCCCCAAAUACUGCUGGAUAGUAAGAUAUUGAUUAGAAUUAAGACAACUUGCUGUUUUUCUUUGGGAAAUGCAGACCACUAGUUCAAAUUCAGUCUGAGUUGAAAUUUUUUAGGAUUACCCACAAAUUUUUCAAAGAUGUUUUAAUGAUUUGAGAUUACAGAAACUAUUUUUUUUGCAUACCUAUACAUUUGGUGCAUUUAUUGUCAUUAUAGUAGGUCAUCAUCAAAGGAGAAUUAUUUGUUUUCAAGGUUUUUGGAUUAUUUGUCAUCACAUAGUUUUCUGAACAUGUGCUUUCAUUGUUUAUUUCGAUUUUUUUUUUUCUUAUAGUUAUAAUUCUGCCUAAUAUUUCAUUAAAUUUUUUCUUCAAUAUUGUGACUGAAAAAUUAUGCUUUCUACGUUUUAUGUUUCUUUGCAAUUUAUUCUCAGUGUAUUUUUCAUAUAGGAUCUCGAUUGGUCUGUGGAUUAUAUUAGAAAUAACUGUAACUUUGUUAUAAUGAUGUUCUAGUUCACAAUAUUUUUUUCAAAUUAUGAUUACAUUUGUUAUAAAUGAGUGGAAAUUCGCUAUGAGGUACACCGUUACUCUCGUAGUGUGUACCAGGUUAGGCAAUAAGUUCGAUCUUAAGAGAACAGUGAUAUACAAGCUUGAUAUAGUUUUUACAUUGUUCACACGAAGUCCACGCAGACCUGUCGCAAGGGACUGCCUUAACUAAUGGGGCACUAUGCGAGACAAAUUGUGCUGGACUACUGG